CAGCCGCGGGGCGGGCCGCGGCCGAGCCAGGCCGAGCCGAGCCGAGGCGAGCCGAGCCGGGCGGGCGCCUGCUGCAGCAGCGCGGAGAGCUUCGCAGUCCCAGACCCUGCCAUGGCACCCGGGAAGCCCAGCAAGAGCACAGGAGCCUCCGAGGACCCCUCAGUUACACUCUUCCGGGAGUAUCUGAAGAUUGACACCAUGCACCCCAAACCUGACUAUGAUGCAGCCGUCCGGUUUCUGGAGCGCAUCGGCACCAACCUGGGCUUGGCCUGCCAGAAAGUGGAGGUAUGCCAGGGCCGUGUGGUGCUGAUCCUGAGCUGGCAGGGCACAAACCCCCGCCUGCGCUCCAUCCUCCUCAACUCCCACACUGACGUCGUGCCUGUCUUUGAGGAGUACUGGACUUACCCACCCUUUGAGGCUGUUAAGGACUCACAAGGCAACAUCUAUGCUCGGGGUACCCAGGACAUGAAGUGUGUCUCCAUCCAGUACCUUGAGGCCAUCCGGAGGCUGAAGGCAGAGGGAAAGUCUUUUGCCCGCACCAUCCACCUGACCUUUGUGCCUGAUGAGGAGGUGGGUGGACACAAGGGCAUGGAAAUGUUUGUGCAGCGCCCCGAGUUCAAAGCGCUCAAUGUGGGCUUCGCAAUGGACGAAGGCCUGGCCAGCCCAUCUGAUACCUUCAGUGUCUUUUAUGGUGAAAAGAGCCCAUGGUGGAUAAAGGUGAAGUGCGUGGGCAGCCCAGGACAUGGAUCUCGCUUCAUUAGCAACACUGCAGCCGAGAAGAUGCAUAAAGUCAUCACCUCCUUCCUGGCCUUCAGAGAAAGUGAGAAGGAGAGGCUCAAGUGUGAUUCAAGCCUGACCCUAGGGGAUGUCACUUCGCUCAACAUGACUAUGCUGGAGGGGGGUGUCUCCUUCAACGUGGUGCCCUCCGAGAUGGCAGCCAGCUUCGACAUCCGCAUCCCACCCACUGUAGACCUGAAGGCCUUUGAGGAACAGGUGGCUUCAUGGUGCCGGAGUGCAGGGGAUGGCGUCACCUAUGAGUUUCACCAGAAAUGCAUGGACCAACAUGUCACCUCCACUGAGGAGUCAGAUCCAUGGUGGAAAGCCUUCAGUGGGGUCUGCAGGGACAUGAAGCUGCAGCUCAAGCUUGAGAUCUUCCCAGCUGCCACUGACAGCCGCUACAUCCGAGCGGCAGGACACCCCGCUAUUGGCUUCUCACCCAUGAACCGCACCCCAGUGCUGCUCCAUGACCACAAUGAGUUCCUCAAUGAGCAAGUCUUCCUGCGGGGCAUUGACAUUUAUGCUCACCUCUUGCCUGCUCUGGCAUCGGUGCCUCCGCUGCCUGCAGAGGGCUGAGUGCCCUGGUGAGGGGCAGGACGGACAGGUGCCAGGCAGCAGGACACAGGGCUUUAAAAAAGGGGUAGAGAGUGGGCAGAGCAAAUACCUGACAGCCUGCUGGGACACAGUGGGCAUCAUACUGCGCUGGCUAUGCUUAGGGUUGGCUCAGUGGUGAUUCUUGUGCCCUGGCUGUGCCCUUGAAAUCUGGGAUCCAACCACCUGCCUUGGGGUUGUGUCCUCUUUGCCCGGGUGCCAUCAGUCUUGUGCCUGGAUGCCUCCUGCCUUUCCCCAAUGUCAGCAGUGCCUCUCAUGGUCCCUCUGCCACCUCUGGCUGCACUGGCUGUGGGGUGAGGGGCUGGCCAAUGCCCUGCUCUGUCUGCCCGCCCUUCAUCCUGCCUUCCUGCCCACUUGCUGGGGCAGAUGGGGCUAUCCUCUCCGUGCAAGUCAAUAAAUCUCCUUGGUAAGCAUG